GGAUAAUCUGCGAAUACACCGAGCACAACCAUGGUCGAAGCUAUAAAGUCGACUCCCCUCUGGCUGUUUGCACCUCACUCGAUUCAGCAUGUCAUCCGCCGUCAUGAGAGCUCUCAUCACUAAGGAAGGCAAGACCGCCGGCGUCGAAACAGUUCCCGUACCACAGCCUGGCGACGGAGAAAUUCUAGUCAAGGUUCAUUAUGUAGCCCAAAAUCCAACCGAUUGGAAGCAGGUUAUGUCCGUUGCUCCGGGAAGAGUCGUCGGUUGCGACUUUGCCGGCACCGUCGCCGACGCCAAUGGAUCUCACUGGCGUGAAGGUCAGCGCGUGGCUGGAUUCGUGCAGGGCACCGCUCCCAAACCUCCUCGGGGCGCCUUCGCCGAGUUUUGCGUUGUCGAGAGCUCCCUUGUCUACGCUAUCCCCGACGAAAUCAGCUACGAACAGGCCGCUGUUAUUCCUCUGGCGUUUGCAACCGCUGUCCAGGCUAUGUUUCAACGCCUGGGCUUGCCAGAACCAACUGACCCAGCCAAGAUCGCGGUCCCCUUACUCAUCAAUGGCGGUACCAGUUCGGUGGGUAAAUACGCCGUGCAACUCGCCAAGUUGGCUGGGCUAUACGUAAUCGCCACCGGCUCCAAAAAGAACCACGACAUCCUAAAGAGCUUAGGAGCAGAUGUAUGUGUGGACUAUAAAGAUGUUGACUGGAUCGAACAGAUCCGCAACGUGACAAAAAAUGAUCUUCAGCGCGCCUUUGACUGCAUUGCCGAAGGUGGUACGGUUGAAUCAAUCGCCAAAGCACUCUCGACAACCAAUGGCGGCCACAUCGUUACCCUUUUGCCAGUUGCCAAGGUCCGUCCAGUAAUAGAAGCCAUGAAUCCUAAAAUCAAGGUGGAGAGCACUGUGGUGUACACUGUUUUUCAGAGACCUUUGAAGUACGGUGCCUUUGAUAACUGCGGACAAGAGACGCUGGAGGAUAGGCGGAUGUGGGAGAAAUACUUAAGCCUGCUUCCCGAGUACUUGCGUAGCGGCAAGAUAAAACCGAACAGGGUGCGUGAAAUGGGAGGCCUAGAAGAUAUUGUCAAAGGUUUUAAGGAACAACAAGAAGGGAGAGUCAGCGCAGAGAAGCUUGUGUAUAAGGUCAUUGAGCAGUCGAAGAUUUAGAAAAGCGAUCUCCUUCAGGAGCUUUUCAACUACGAAUCUUUAAUAUGAUCUGAAAUACUGUUGUCAACACAGCGACAUCACAACAUCUUGAAAUCUUCAAGGUCCCGAAUUAAACACAUGACUCCAAGGUUUACAGAAAAGGGGAAGAAGAGAACCAAUAGGGGUAAAAAUUAAAAAUUUAGAAAAUUGAAGGCCCAAGAUCAACUCUGGAAAAGAUGAUAAGCUUAUUUGAUCGGCUUCCUCAGACUCUUCCAGCCCCGUCAAUCUUAUCUUCUCCCCACAAAUCACACGUCAUUCAAAAGGUUAGUAAGCGGGCAGCGGUAAGUUUGUGACUUGUCCCACACCUUGUACUUUUCCGUCGCUGAAAGACGGCUAUUUUUAGUAAGAAUAGUUUUUGAAAGCUAGUACGCGAGAGUAUGAUCAACAGUAUUAGUUGAUAUUCCCCCAAACUAAGAAGAACAAUGCUCUGUUCGAGUUCGUUUAGUCUCGG